AUGCUCGUCCGACUGCUCUUUCUCAUUUGCGUGCUAUUCGCCGUCGCCACCGCAUGGACUGUGGACGGUAAGUGAUUCAAAAAUAGAAACCGAGACAAGGGAACUCACCGAAUUUCGUGACAUGGUUGCUUCGAAUGAAAGCCAGAAACUUUUAGGAAUCUUGGGGAAUCCAUGAGCAAGAUUGAGUUUUAUAGUAGUGGGUACAGUAGGAUGUUGACUUUUAUGUCCGUUCGUCGACCUGACACGAAAACAUUUGGCGGACAGCUCAAUCUUUCGAUCCGAUACAAAAAUAUUUGACAUUCUUCGAUGAAUGAGUAAAAGGUCCUUUCAAUCGAAAAUAGUCGGCAGAGAGGUGGAAUCCAAGCCCGGUUUAUGUACUGUUCGAGAAUCCCACGGUCAAGUGCUCUUACAGGAGUCGAAGCGCAGCUCCCCGAGCAUCAAAUCUCCCGCGGCCACGAGGCGAACUUCUUCCGACAACGUCUUCUCUCUGCCUUCAGGUAUACUGUAGUUGGUGACGGAGAGGACCAUUCCGAUUCAUUUCAGAAGCAUCGAUCCUCACAUGUCGGAGAGCACUCUGAACAGAUUCACGCGGUUCGUGCGGGAGCAGGAUGAAUAA